UAUUUAUACUGGAUUAACGACUGGAACGGAUGAGAAUCGUGUGCUGUCCUUUUCAAGCGGUUAAUUUAACACAUUCCUAUGACUGACACGCAUGCCGGAGCAGCGUGAUGGCAGGAAACGUACGUUCCUGGACGGUGAAGCAGGUGGGCCGCUGGCUGCGCGAGGAGGGCUUUAGCGACUACGUGGACCUGCUGUGUAAUAAACACCGCCUGGAUGGCACCAGCCUGCUCACCCUCACCGAGUUCGACCUGCGCUCGCCGCCGCUCGAGCUCAAGGUGCUCGGGGACAUCAAGAGACUCAUGCUGUCGGUGCGCAAGCUACAGAAACAGAACGCUGAUGCGCUGGAGGAGCUCGGAUUCGUCCACGACACGCACUCGCCACUGGGAGGCAACGCCGUAGACUGCCUGUGUAACGGAGACUCGGUGAGAGACUGUGACCGGGCGGUCGAUGCUCUGGGCGGCGAGCACUCUCACUACAGCAACGGCAAACAGAAACCGCAGAACCGACGACUGGACCCCGAGUACUGGAAAACGGCGGUGGCCUCUGUCUACGUCACUCUCGUCUUCGGCUUCACCUCCUUCGUCAUGGUGAUCGUUCAUGAGCGCGUGCCCGACAUGCGCACCUACCCGCCGCUGCCCGACAUCUUCCUCGACAGUGUACCCAGAAUUCCCUGGGCCUUUUCCAUGGCAGAGGCGUGUGGCGUGAUCCUGUGUACCGUCUGGCUACUUGUACUGCUGUUGCACAAACACAGGUCGAUCCUGAUCAGAAGGUUGUGUAGUUUGAUGGGAACAGUGUUCAUGCUGCGAUGUGUCACCAUGUUCGUCACCUCGCUCUCGGUGCCGGGGCAGCACCUCCAGUGCACGGGCAAGGUCUAUGGUGACAUGUGGGCGAAGCUGCACCGGGCCCUGACGAUAUGGAGUGGUUUCGGGAUGACCCUCACUGGAGUCCAGACGUGUGGAGACUACAUGUUCAGCGGUCACACCGUCGUCAUCACCUUGCUGAAUUUUUUUGUCACUGAGUACACUCCUCGGAACUGGAACUUCAUCCACACUCUGUCGUGGGUGUUGAACCUGUUUGGGAUCUUCUUCAUCCUGGCUGCUCAUGAACAUUACUCCAUCGACGUCUUCAUCGCCUUCUACAUCACCACCCGCCUCUUCCUGUACUACCACACUCUGGCCAACACCCGCGCCUACCAGCACAGCCGCCGCGCCCGCAUCUGGUUCCCCAUGUUCUCCUUCUUCGAGUGUAACGUCAACGGUCCCGUUCCAAACGAGUACUGCUGGCCCUUCUCUAAACCCACCCUGCUCCGGAGACUCAUCGGAUAAAACACCAAAAAAAAAAAACACGUCUCGGGGGGAAAGAUUGGUGUUGGGCAGUGCCAUGUUUGUCCUGUGGCCAGAGACUGUGACGCACGCGGUGUCGGGUGGUGGUACUGGGUGUUGGUGGUGGGUGACAGGUUCAUUUUUGUACCCUAAAGUAUUAAACUGGUGUUAAUGCUCACGUGGGUUAACGUCAUAGAUCUUCAUAUCAAAGACCUUGAUGGCUGAUGGUCAUCUUGUCCAAGGCAAUGUCCGGAUGCCAGCGUGUGCCAUGUCUUUUAUUAACAAAUGCCUAGUGAAUUAUAGUGGCAGGACAUUACAGUAACCCAGUAUAAUGGAGUUCAGAAGUUUGCAUACACUUGGAAGGCACAUGUGUUCCAUGACGGUCUUGAUAAUUCAAUGAUUUCUGCAUCUGUGACUGAAUGAUUGGAGCAUGAGCUUCUUCAGCCCCCCAUGAAGGGACAGGCUGAAUUUUUUUCCUAUUUUAAAACAUCUGUAAGAGACCACUGUUCCAGUCACUCUGUAUUGAGUGCAGUCAAUCCAUCCCUAUUUAUAUGGGCCGGAGAAAUCACCAGCUGUAGUCAACUAUAAUCAGAAAUGAGGAGUUAAUGAGGCCAUGAUACAAAGAUGAAGGACUUUGUAGAAGUUAAAGCUGCUAUCUGUAUAUUUUUGACCCAGCUAGUAUUGAAAUCUGUAGGUCUACAGGUGUAUGUAAACUUUUGACAUGGACUGAAUGAUGAAUGUGCACUGUCCACACAAAUGCUGAUUUAUUUAUUUUUGUUGCAUUUGGCUACCUUUCCACACGAAAAACCAAACGUUUUGAUAAGCUCGAUACCACGUCUGCACUCAGUACCACUCCUAAAUCCACCUACCGGCUGAUGUACUGGGUGCAUCCCAUUUCCUUAAAGUCGUCUCCUCAUUUCCUGCCCUUGAUUCCUGACUUCUUUCUAGGACGCCAGGGAGUGAAGCGCAGACUCGGGAAUCAGGACUGAACACGUUUAUGAAACCGGGCGUCUGUUUACUAAUGAUGUGCCAAUUAAAAUGAACUGAUUAUGUAAGCUGAUCCAGAUGUGCGAUGGUGGGUGUGGGGUGGAGGAUCGAUCAUACCGUGGCAGUGUUUUCACAACAUUUUAGAGUUCACUGCUCACAGUCAAGCCAGCUGUACGUCAUGAUAUGCUCCGAGGCUGCUGUGCACCUUAAAGCUCGACUGAAGUUUGUCGCCGAUCGCGUGGAUAAAAGAGGCAGCCUUUUGUGGUGUCUGUGCUGAUUUGAAGCUUGCUUGACUGUGGACAGUGUGCACAAGAAGCAUGACAAAAGAAAUGUGUUUGUGUGGACAGGGCAAGAGGGACACAGACAGACGGGAGUUCGGACGGAUAGACGGACGUUUUAUGUUAUGUGUGUUAUGAUAUGUUUCUUCUUGUUCUGGACGCGUCCUGAAUCACACUUCUGUUUACUAUAUAGGCCACAUGAACACUAUCAGAAACAUCUCAGCAUUAUUAGUCCACUGUUGCUGUUUUUUAAUAUUAUUAAUGUUGUUAUUUGGUACUUGAUGAACAUUCGAUUCGUGCUGCAUGCAGGGAUUCACAGUUUUGAUGUUUCUGCAGGGCUUGUUGCUCAGUAGGUACAAUAUUCCAUUUACACUUGGCGAUCCUGAGAUUUGUGUCACGUCAGGCAGGUCCCAAACUGCACAUUGUGCUGCAUAGCGUAAGACUAUACUAUAGGAAGUGCUCAAAUUGGACAUACUGAUCAAACGUUGGUGUAACUUUAAGCUUCACUUUCAGGAGAAAUAGUUUAGCUUAUACAAUUCAUAGUCGAGAGGUGAUCGGGAUAUCAGCCUCAGUGGUGAUCCAGCCCUAUUUGAUCAGAUCGUGGGCUAUGCAGGCGGUAGCAGAUUCACAACCUGGAAUUAGGAGAUAAAUCGAGAAAAACGCCAAACACAAUGUAGCUUUUACUUUCUCUGCAUAAAAGAAGCAAACUGUGACCAGAACUACAGCACAGAAACACAAAAAACCUUCAUUGAAGUCACUUAUCAUUUCAAAUUAUGUUUCACAGAUGGACUGAAAAAAGGCAACACAUUUUGGUUCUAAACACGUUGCAUUAUAAAAGCAGUGGAUGGUAAUUUUGUACCACUUGCACCUUUAAGAAGCGUGGUUAUAUUUCCUCGGUGAGGUUUGUGGAGCUACCGUGUUGUAUUUUCAAAAACAUUCUAAAGCAAUAUGAAACAACAAACUUCCUAAACACCUGAACUCCGUCAUCUCUACUAUUAAUGCCAUAAGAAUUCUGAGUUUUUGCCAUUUUCCAGUGUUGGAGAACUUCUACAUUCUAACAAAUUAACAUAAAUGUGAUUUUCUUUGUUUGUUUGUUUGUUUUUGUUCCAUUUAUUGCUGCAGGACAGAAACAUAUCAAAGACUCUGAAACCCUCAAGACAAAAAAAAACAUUUGCCAAAAAUAAUGGGUUGAAUAUUUGUUUCAUUAUUACAGAUGCUAGUCUGACUUUCAAAGAGGAACUGUCACCUUCGUUCAUGUCAGAAAUGUCUUGUAAUGCCGGAGCGCCAAUGAAAAAAAUGAGAAAACUGGACCAAUAAUGUCACCGUGUCUGUAUCGAUAAGAAUGGGGAUUACACAAUGUAGAUUCCUGACCCUGGAAAUCCCAUUUCAGAAACGUAGGCAUUAUUAGUGUGAGCGUAAGGUCACAAACGUCCGAACCAAAAUGUUCCACCUUUAAAUGUUGAAUAUUAUUCCCAUCAAGUGCUAGCCUGCUUCCCAUUCCCAUUAUUUACUGCAGGUCUGGCAGGGUGUGGUUAAAUUCAACCCCAUUUUGAACUGAAUUUGGUUAACUGGCAUUUUCUGAUCUUAAAAUAUUUUACUUUAAAAAACUGUUGUUGUUGUAAUGAUGCUCAUACUGUACAGUACAGAGUUUACUAAAGUUUACAAUUCACUAACUGAACUUAUUGCUUAAUAAACAAAACAUCUAAUAUAUAGAAAUAAA